AUGGGGCACUCGGCCUUCCUCCUCGGCCUCGCCCUGGGGCUCAUGCAAGCGCAGGCCGCUGCAGCGCUUGAAAACGUCACGUUGGCCGCCGGCACUCUGAAGAAUGUCACCUUCAACUACACGUUGAACGACAUGGACACCAUGCUCGUGUACACCCCCAGCACAGUUGCCAGCGCCACCAUCGGCUGGGACAACACAUACAGCAACUCUGCCAAGCCCGCCACCUCGUCAGACAGCGUCUAUGGCCAAGGCAACUCGUCACACUACACCUCGCUGGGCGGCGCAUACAUUGACCUGUCCUUUUACGGUACCGGCGUCUACUAUUUUGGGAGCACAGCCUCAGGCAACGACUUGCGCCUGACGGUGGAUGGCGUCAACUAUGACUUUACCCCAACCGCCAACAACCCGCUCCUGGCCUACCGCGAAGUGUCCGCCGGCUACCACUCGGCAACCCUCAGCCUCAACUCGAACAACGGCAACCUCACCCUCGACAGCGUCAACGUCCAGACCCAGGCUGCGUUUGAAGUAUCGUCCUUUAGCGCGGCCAGUGUUACCGAGGAGCUCUUCUUGACGGGCUCCAACGCGACAGGCGCCAGUAGCGGACCAAACGCCCUGUACACGUACAGUGGGGCGUGGGCCCAAUCGUGGACUAUCGGAGGUGAUGGGGACACACAGGCACUCUAUUACCCCGUCCUUGUGGGCCAGGUCGGAUCGUCGUUCACAGUCGACAUUCCCGCCAACACGAGCUACUUUUCCAUCGAGGGCGCGUCCCAGCCCACAGUGUCCUACUACACUGUCAGUCUCAGCCCGGCACCACCUCAGGGAGGCAGUGCCAACUCGACGUACACGGCUACGCGCGAGUACACCAACCCCGUCAACUACUUUAUCUCUCCUCUCGACCCAGCCGAGAAUUACACACUCACUUUCACUGUGGCCGGCAUAGCCACCAUCAAUGGGCCGAUAGGGAUUCACUCAAUGUCGUUCUACUCGUCAAUACAGGCCGCCAAUACGACAAACACCACCGACUCGACGUCAUCAACAACUGGGACUACGACAACAGGCUCGUCCAGCGGAGAGAACGGCGGUUCCAACACCGGCAGCUCCUCCUCAAACUCAAGUUCCGGCAGUGGGGGCAAGUCGACAAACGCUGGUGCGAUUGCGGGCGGAGUUGUUGGUGGCCUCGUGGUCGUGGCCGUCAUCGUCGGCUUCGGCGUGUGGUACAUGAACCGCCGUCACGAGCGCAAGAGAGGUGCCCCUCGCACGUUUGAGGCAGACAAUGGCGCGUUUGAAAUCGACGAGGAGCCAGACGCCGCUGUCGACCAGCCGUAUCUCAGCCCGCCAUAUGCCCCUCCUUCUCUCCCCGCAAUGGCCGAAUCGCGUGACUCUAGCCUGGGCUUGGUCAUCAACAGCCAUAGUCAGGACCAAACCACUCCUGUCAGCACCGUUGCACGCUCCAAGAGCGCCUCGGCUGCCAUGCUGGCGCGUGGUGCAGGCUUUACCAGCCUAGAGCAGGAACUCGAUGCUGGUCGCCUACCUGACACCAUCCCCCCAAGCUAUGACCCCACCUGGGCCGUUAGCGACCGCGACAGCACCGACUAUGCGCUCUCCGACCCCGGUGCGGGACCGUCUCGCCUCUCGCGGGCCCUGUCGGACCCUUCCGAAGUUGAAUCGGUGGACGGACUCGCCACCGCAGAACGCGUCCCAGUCGUCGCUGCUUCCACAACGCCUUCUACUGGCGCCGGUACCCCCGGCGCGUAG